GGUUAGAUUUGUUUUCUUUUGAAAUGAAAAAUAAACACUAAUCAUUUUCAUUUAAAGAAUUUUGAAAAAAUAAAAAUGCAGUCGGAAAAGAAAAUAUCAUUUGGUUUCAGUAAAAUCAGUAAGAAACCAUCAACAAUCAGUAAACCUGAACAAAAGCAAGUAGAAUUUAUAGACUGCUUAGAAGGGCAGUCCAUAAAAAUAAAAAAUGAAAUCAAAGAAGCUCCGAAGGGCCCAUUGGUUAUCCCUCUGCUGGAUAAUAAAAAAGACCUGCUAGAUAGAGUAAGGGAAAUGAAAGCUAAAUCGAAAAUAAAAAGCGAAAAUGGAAAAAUCGAAGACAACAGACCCGACGUGGAACUAACCGAAACUGAAUUAGCAGCACGAGAAGUACUGAGAGAGGCACAAAGAAGGCUAGCAGAACAAAGUUCAGAAGAAAAGAAAAUUUUCGUUGUUCCAAUUAAGCCAGAAGAUGAACCCAAAUUAGAAGGGGCACGGCAAUCAACCGCAGAUGACUACGAAAAUGUUCCCAUUAGUGACUUUGGUUUAGCAAUGUUGAGGGGUAUGGGGUGGAAAGAAGGAGAAGGCAUAGGAAAAAAUCCAACAAAAACCUCCCUACUUUCGGCCCCAGAUUUGAGGCCUAAAGGAUUAGGUUUAGGAGCUACUGUUGUAGCCAAACCCUCCAACUCGACUAAAAAGGCUUCCAAUGAUAAUAACGAAGAACUCUUAAUCCUGAAAAAAGGCAGUUACGCAAAAAUAAUUGCAGGUAAUCAAAACGGAAUGUAUUGCGAGGUACAAGGAUUAGACGAUGAAGCGGGUAGAGUGGUUGUUAAAACAACUAUAAAAGGAAACGUUUUAUCUCUAAACGAAUUCAUGUUACUUCCCGUAACCAAAGAAGAAUACUCCAAGUGUUCCAAGGUGUUAAAUAACGACAAGUAUAAUGACUACAAAAAAUUAGAUGAUAAGCAAAUCAAACAGGAAGUAAAUUCGGAAAGAAAAUCGAAGAAUUCUGCGGAAGACACCCGUAGGGCAGAAAAUGGUAGAGCGAAGACGGAAAAAUACGUUAGUGACCAUGAAAAACUUAUUUCUGCGAAAACAGACGCGAAAUAUUCUAAAAAUAGAAGUGGAGAGGACAGAAAAACGUACAAUGAUACCUCAGACUCGGACAGCGAUUAUGAAAGAUCAAAAAGAGCUCAUAAAAGAAAGGAUAAAAGAAGGCACCGAGAUAAGAGUCGAUCACCUCAAAGAAGAAAGCACAAUAGCAGUAGAAGAUCAAGAAAUAAACACAGAUCGAGUUCUUCUAAUUCAGAUUCUGAAUACGAACAAAGGCACCAUAGAAGCGACAGUGAUGAUAGUAGACGGAAAAGAAAAAGUAAAAAAUAGGAUAAUUAUUGAAAAUAGGUUAAGUGAAAAAAUAAUAAAUAA